UACAGCAUGAUCUCUUGCAAAUUUUUUUUUUUUUCCCAUUUCUUUGUUAAAGCAUGCUAUCAUUCAUGUUGCUUCCUUCCAUUCAUCUCUUUCUUUCCUCUCUCUCUCUCUCUCUCUCUCUCUCCGGGUUUUUCAAGACAGUGCCGCUCUGCUGCUCUACAUCACAGCCACUGUUUCCCACUCUCCUCUCUUCCACUCAGCUUCGCUCCUCUCCUCUUCUCUCUGCUCCUCUCCACUCAUUCGGACCGCAUGCUCCCAGUCAUCCCAGUCAUCACUGGCACUGUUGGGUCUGUGUGGCCAGUGGAAGUGGACCCGGACACCCUGAAGGUGUUUUCCCGAUCCAGUGGAUUUGUGGGGAGGGAAGGGAGGGCUGGGAGGGGGUGCAGGUGAAGAGCUCUGUGUCGGGGAGGAAACAGGUUGCGUGGCUUUGCGGCAGGAGCUGAGGAGGGUCAUGCUUCAUGAGUUAAGUGGAUUUCGGACCGAGACCCCUCGCGCAUUGCUGCCCCAAUGUGGGGCCCUUUUCCGGAUGGCGGGAACGUCCGGCCGGGAGCGAUGAACCAGCUGGAUGCUCCUCGGCCACUCAACUGGACCAUACGGAAACUGUGCCAUGCAGCCUUCCUUCCAUCUGUGCGCCUGCUUAAGGCACAGAAAUCAUGGAUAGAGAGAGCUUUCAGCAAGAGAGAAUGUGUGCACAUUAUUGUAAGCACCAAAGACCCCCAUAGGUGCUGUUGUGGCCGUCUAAUUGGUCAACAUGUUGGCCUGCCCCCCAGCAUCUCAUCCAAUCAGAAUGAGAAGUCGGAGCGUGUGCCAAAGAAUGACGGCUUGUCAGAGAAGUGGUCCAUCAGCAAGCACACCCAGCUCAGUCCCACUGACGCCUUUGGAACCAUUGAGUUCCAGGGAGGUGGACAUUCCAACAAAGCAAUGUAUGUACGAGUGUCUUAUGACACUAAGCCAGACUUACUGCUGCAUCUGAUGACAAAGGAGUGGCAACUGGAGCUUCCCAAACUGCUCAUCUCUGUUCACGGAGGACUUCAGAACUUCGAGCUGCAGCCCAAACUCAAGCAAGUCUUCGGCAAGGGUCUCAUCAAGGCAGCCAUGACCACUGGGGCCUGGAUCUUCACUGGAGGAGUUAAUACUGGAGUCAUAAGGCAUGUUGGUGAUGCUCUAAAAGACCACGCUUCUAAAUCGAGAGGGAAGAUCUGUACUAUCGGUAUUGCCCCCUGGGGGAUUGUAGAGAACCAGGAAGACCUGGUGGGCAAAGAUGUGGUCCGGCCAUAUCAGACGAUGUCUAACCCUCUUAGUAAACUAACGGUACUCAACAGCCUACACUCCCACUUCAUUUUGGCUGAUAAUGGCACCACCGGAAAGUACGGAGCAGAAGUCAAACUGCGCAGACAGCUAGAGAAGCACAUCUCUCUACAAAAGAUCAACACACGGAUUGGACAGGGUGUUCCAGUGGUGGCUCUGAUAGUGGAGGGGGGUCCUAAUGUGAUCUCUAUCGUGCUUGAGUACCUGAGAGACACUCCUCCUGUGCCCGUGGUGGUGUGUGACGGCAGCGGUCGUGCCUCUGACAUCCUGGCCUUUGGGCAUAAAUAUUCAGAGGAGGGCGGAAUCAUAAAUGAAUCUUUGAGAGACCAGCUACUAGUCACCAUUCAGAAGACGUUUACAUACAGCCGGACGCAGGCCCAGCAUCUCUUCAUCAUCCUGAUGGAGUGCAUGAAGAAGAAAGAACUGAUAACAGUGUUUCGGAUGGGAUCAGAGGGACACCAGGACAUUGAUCUGGCCAUUCUAACAGCACUUCUGAAAGGGGCCAAUGCAUCAGCUCCAGAUCAGCUGAGCCUGGCUUUGGCCUGGAACAGAGUUGACAUCGCUCGAAGCCAGAUCUUCAUUUAUGGACAGCAGUGGCCUGUGGGCUCUCUAGAGCAGUCUAUGCUGGACGCACUGGUGCUGGACAGAGUGGACUUUGUGAAGCUGUUGAUUGAGAAUGGAGUGAGCAUGCACCGCUUCCUGACGCUGUCCAGACUUGAAGAGCUCUAUAAUACGAGGCAUGGUCCAUCCAACACCUUGUUCCACCUUGUCAGAGAUGUGAAAAAGGGUAACCUGCCCCCUGACUACCGCAUCAGCCUGAUUGACAUCGGAUUGGUAAUGGAAUACCUCAUGGGCGGAGCCUAUCGCUGCAAUUACACCAGAAAGAGAUUUCGGACCCUCUAUCACAACCUUUUUGGACCCAAAAGACCAAAAGCCCUGAAGCUGCUUGGAAUGGAGGAUGACAUGCCUAUUAGACGAGGACGUCAGAAGACCACAAAGAAGCGAGAGGAAGAAGUAGACAUUGACCUGGAUGACCCAGAAAUCAACCACUUCCCUUUCCCUUUCCAUGAGCUGAUGGUUUGGGCAGUGCUGAUGAAGCGGCAGAAGAUGGCCCUGUUUUUCUGGCAGCAUGGCGAGGAGGCCAUGGCUAAAGCGCUGGUGGCUUGUAAGCUUUGUAAAGCAAUGGCCCACGAAGCGUCAGAGAACGACAUGGUCGAUGACAUUUCACAGGAGCUCAAUCAAAACUCAAGGGAGUUUGGUCAGCUGGCUGUUGAGCUGCUCGAUCAGUCGUAUAAGCAGGAUGAACAGAUGGCCAUGAAGCUGUUAACCUACGAGCUGAAGAACUGGAGUAAUGCCACCUGUCUGCAGCUGGCAGUGGCUGCCAAGCACAGGGACUUCAUCGCCCACACCUGUAGCCAGAUGCUUCUCACCGACAUGUGGAUGGGACGUCUGCGUAUGCGCAAGAACUCUGGCCUAAAGGUUAUCUUAGGCCUUCUCCUACCCCCCUCCAUAUUGAGUCUUGAGUUUAAAAAUAAGGACGAGAUGUCGUAUAUGCCUCAGGAUCAGGACACCUACCUGCAGGAGAAGGAUGUGGAUGAACCUGAGAAACAAGCUAAGGACAAAGAGGAGGACGACAUGGAGUUCACAGUAAGAUCUUACUGUGAGACGCAGUACAACUCCGUGGCUAUGCUGGGAAAUGUCAGUUCAGAAGCAUCGCGUAAGAAACAGGUGGAACAGGUUCAGAACCGUCAUCGGCUGAUUCCAUUGGGUCGCAAAAUUUACGAGUUUUACAAUGCCCCUAUCGUCAAGUUCUGGUUUCACACGCUGGCUUAUGUAGGAUACUUGAUGCUCUUCAACUAUAUUGUUCUGGUGAAGAUGGACCUGUGGCCCUCUCCUCAGGAGUGGAUUGUUAUUGCAUACAUUUUCACCAAUGGUAUCGAGAAGAUGAGAGAGAUCCUCAUGUCAGAGCCGGGGAAGCUCCUCCAGAAGGUGAAAGUAUGGUUGCAGGAGUACUGGAACAUCACGGACCUCAUGGCCAUCCUCAUCUUCUCCUUUGGGAUGGUGCUUCGCCUGCAAGACCCGCCCCUGAUGAGCUACGGGAGGGUCAUUUACUGUGUCAAUAUAAUCUAUUGGUACAUAAGACUGCUUGACAUCUUUGGAGUGAACAAAUACCUGGGUCCAUAUGUCAUGAUGAUCGGGAAGAUGAUGAUUGACAUGAUGUAUUUUGUGAUCAUCAUGUUGGUGGUGCUGAUGAGUUUCGGCGUUGCACGGCAGGCUAUCCUCAAUCCCAAUGAGGACCCGUCCUGGAUGCUGGCACGCAACAUUUUCUUCAUGCCGUACUGGAUGAUCUACGGAGAGGUGUUUGCUGACCAAAUCGACCAUGUGAAUAGUAGGAAGCUACAGCACAAAGUGAAUGACAAACUCUGGCUGGUCGAAAAUUACUUUCGCACUCAAGGAACUGGGCGUAACAGUGCUCCAUGUGGCCAGAACAUCACCACAGAAGAAGGAGUCAUCGUGUCUCUCCCACCCUGCAAAACCGGAGCUUGGAUUAUUCCAGCCAUCAUGGCCUGCUACUUGCUGGUGGCCAACAUCCUUCUGGUUAAUUUGCUCAUUGCUGUCUUUAAUAACACAUUCUUUGAAGUGAAGUCCAUCUCCAACCAGGUUUGGAAGUUCCAGAGGUACCAGUUGAUCAUGACCUUCCAUGAACGUCCUGUCCUUCCUCCUCCUCUCAUCAUUUUCAGCCACAUAACUAUGGUCCUCAAACACCUUUGCUGUCGCUGGAGGAAACAUGAUGAGGAUGAGCGGGACUAUGGGCUGAAGCUCUUCAUUACUGAAGAUGAACUGAAGAAGGUACAUGACUUUGAAGAGCAGUGCAUGGAGGAGUAUUUCAGAGAGAAAGAUGACCGCUUCAAUUCCUCCAAUGAUGAGAGGAUACGUGUGACAUCUGAAAGGGUGGAGAACAUGGCAAUGCGUCUGGAGGAAGUGAACGAGAGGGAACAUUUCAUGAAAGCGUCCCUGCAGACUGUGGAUAUCCGGCUUGCCCAGAUGGAGGAGAUGAUCGGCCGCAUUGCUGUGGCACUGGAGCGAGUUGCUGGUAUGGAUCGAGGCGAAGUCAACAAAGCCCGUUCCAGGACAUCAUCUGACUGCACAGAUACAAAUUACAUCCUGCGGCAGAGCAGUUUCAACAGCCAAGAAGGCAAUUCCUACAGGCUACAAGAGUCUCUGGAGCAGGGUGGAGAGGAAUCCAUGUCUCCUACAUCUCCGACCGCUCUAGCCCCACGUGUCCGCAGUCACUCCUUUUACGUAAGCCACUCCUCCAAGGAUAGGAGCGGAGCGGAUCGAGGAGAAGGCUUCUUUAAAGACAGACUGUUCAGCCUCCAUCGGGCCAACAGCUCACAGUCUGUGUCCUCAGGAGCAGGUCCCAAAGAGUCCAAGCCCACACCUUUGAAUACUUUAUCUGUGCAGCAGCAGCUUCGCCCUUCUUCCUGCAUAGAUAUCUAUGUUUCUGCCUCAGAGGACGUCCCGCCCACUGAGAGCUUCUUGGAGCCAGUCCGGACAGUUCCAACUCUCGCUCGAGACUCAUCUCUCCAUUCUGAGAUCAUGGAGGUGGUGCUCUCAGGGGGGCGGGACUGCAGCAGAAGGGCAGGUGGCAGCGAAAGACAGUCGGAUGGUACGGUCCUGUUUGAGGACAGUGCCGCCGCUGACCUAUCGCUCUGCUCUGCCAACCUGCUGCCGGAUACCUUGCCCCCCUGGGACCUGGACCCCUCGCCGCCACCAUCAGCUGGCAUUCUCGAGAGGUCCAAGAGCAGCCGCUUCCUGUCUGCAGCAGGGCCUUUGUUUCUGGACGAGCCGCCAUUGGUUAAGUCGCACAGCCUGAUGUUCACAUCACGUGGCUACUAUGGCGGCAUGGGUGUGCAAGUGAAGGCGGCCGAAUAUACCAGCAUAACAGAUUGCAUCGACAUCCGUUGCGUCUCUACCCCUUACCCUGUCCCAGAGAGGUCUGACUCCCCUGGUGGCUCUUUCACAUUCGAUAAACCCCAGGACCUGGGUGUCUCACACCCUGAGAGAGACGCCGAGCUCAGUCACACAGAAUCUGAUCUGGAGGAACCCGCAGAGGGGUCAGCAGACACAGGUAAGGGGGGUCAAAGCAGCAGUGGUGGAAUAGGUAGAGACCUGGGCUUGGGCCUCGCGCUUGGCCCAUUUUGUUCGCCGAUAUCUAGACUAGAGCGAGCAAACAGUUGCUCCUCUUCGGAGGAGUCCCACUCCAACAUCUACUCCCGAAAGAGCUUCUCCAUUAGUGAGAGAAUGGACAAGGGUCGUGGGAGCUCAAGGAAUCCUUUCCAGAAGGCCAGAGCCGGGACAAGUCUGGAGGGUAAGACAGACUCGCUGUCCAUGAGGAAACUGACCAAACCCUUGGCGUUCCAAAGUUUUGACAGCAGACAAAACUACACGUGAUGAUGGCAUACUAGUAGUGAUGCCACUGUAGAUCUAGUUCCUGUAGGAUGGCUCUACCUCGUUUAAAAUCCAAGGGCCAGUCCGUUAAUUAGUACCGUCUGAGUGAGUAAUUAGCUGUACACUGGAAUGUUUUAUCAUGGGUGUCAACUUUUCUGUUAUAACACUGCAAUGCAAAGUGUUCUUUAAAAUUCAUAGACUCGGAUGACCACUGCCCUAAGGCCAACAUUAGUUCCCAGGAGAGGUGAAAACAUUGAGGGCCUGUUAAUACUAAGAUGAAUGUUCAGUAUGAAAAAUAAAAAGUAAUUUGAGUGAACGGCUGUUAAUGCAGGAUUUUAUUUUUGGAGAGGUUUCCAGUAACUUUUUCAUGCCACAGCAAAAAAAAUAUAAAUAAAUAAAAACUAGCCAAACAAUAAGCUUUUUGGAAACAUGCCCACAGCCACUGCUGUUACAGAACUUAAGGGGCAGUCACAGUACACUUUUCGUUCCACUGACUUCCAUUCAAACGCAAGCGAAUGAACAUGCAAAAAACAUUAGCUGCCUUCCACAGUUCAAGUUUGGUUAACUCUGAUAUGCAACCAAUAGAAGAUCGGAACAUAAUGGAAUUUUUUUGUAGCUGAAUUAAAAGAACAUACAUUUUUAAGUGGUGAAUUUAAGUUUUUUAAAAGACACUUCAGAGUGUGACAUCAUAUCACAACAAAUUUUGUAUGCUCAAAGUGAGACCUCGAAUUUAGUGGCACUCGGCAACAGAGUAUUUUGCAGAUCUUUCCUCAGAUAUUUACUGUUGCUUUGGAACCAGCUAUUGGCUCUGUACUCCUGUAUUUGAUGUUGUUUGAUAAAUAAAAAGUAUUUGGAUGCGAAAACAGAGCUAUUUUGACUCUGUGUGACAGGUGAGCUUCAGAAAUGAGAAGUAUUCAUUUUUUAAAAAGCAUUUUAUGUACCAGGGUAACAUUUCUCCUUGUGUAUAAGUGCCACCUACUGUCAGGGAGUGAUUUUCUAUUUUCAUUCAGCUUUUGUCUGCCAUUUUUGUCAAACUGUAGGUCUGAAAACACAACUUCCACUUGGAACUGAAUUUUUGUGCUGAACAUUUGUGUUGGUGUGAACAGGCCUUAACACAACCUUGCAAUGCAACUUACUGUUUUAGCUUAGAUGAAUCACCCUCGACACAGCAUGAAUCAUGCACUCUCUUCAUAUACUGUGUAUCUCCUACAGGCCAGAUAGAGGUUGAAACAUAUAUGAAAAUAGGACUUUGACAGUUACAAAAAUGUAAUGCUCAAGUUUGUUGUGUAUACAAAGAUUUGUUCUGUCAACCCACACACUAGAUAAGCUGAACGUACACAUAUCUUCCUGAAGAUGUUGAAUGUAGAGUAUAAUUGGUUUUAUGAUGACAAAAUUAACCUUUAGGAGCCUUGAAAUACUUCUUGGCCCAUGUGGGUGUAUACAUCUGCAUUCAAAAAGCUUCAUAAUCAUACAGCAGACAGUAACGUUAUAUGAGGUAUCUGAAUAAAGCAUAAGUUUGUGCACAACUUCAACUCUCACUAUUAAACAGAUACAUUUUAAAUCUUUAAAUGAAUAUGUUUUGUCUUUUUUUUUAGUCUGUAUUGUUCCAAAUAUAUCACAGCAGGGCACCCAUUUGAGUAUAUCUAAAUAAAAGUAACCAGCUGAACCCUACAGUAACAGCAUGUUUGGUAUGGAAUGCUAGUUUACUGCUAACCGCGCUAUAUAAACUGUAUACUGCAUACUACUUAAUAGUAGUAUGUGGAAGAAGUAAACAGUAUAUGAUGAUAAGUGUUUCAAACAGUAGUAUGCUGCUUUGAUGUCAUAUAACAUGUCUAUAUUGCAAGUUCAAUUUGGAAAUACCUAUUUAACUAAAUUUAAUGUAAAAAUGUUCAACUUCAAAUGAACAGUCAAGCACAUUGAACAGUAUUAUGCAGUGCAUUCAGAUUGUGACUGCAGGUAGCAGGUCAUUUAAUAAUUCCCAUUCAUAAAAAAAAAGUGCUGCAGUGGCAAAAUAUAUAGUAGUGUGAUAGUAUGCCAUUCCAAACAUACAUUUCAGACUGAUGCAAAUACAUAGAGAACCUUUCAAAAAUGGAUUUAAAAUCAAAAUGCCUGGUUGUUUUUAUUUAAGUGUACGUUGUUUUACACAGAACAGGUAAUAUAUUUUGACUUGCUAUGCAAGAUGCCACAGAGAGUCAGUCGGGUCGGUCAGUAAGAAGUGUUAUGCACUUUAAAGCAGGAAUUCAUUAUGCACACGUCUCAUCACUAAUCAACCUGAUAGUGCAGUGUUUAAUUUAGAAAGAUAUUAAAAGCAUGUCAGCACAGUUGAGACAAGGACCCCUUCAAUAUUAAAAAUAUGUCAUUCUGUGUUAUCAUUAUGGAAGGACAUAAUAAACACCAGUACAUAAUAUUCUCUUCUAUUUUAAGCAAGUUAUAUGCCUUGACGAUUCUCUUCCUCUUUUAUGGUUAAUCAAGAAAUAUAUUAAUGUGUGGAUUAUUGUUUAUAAUGAAAAAAAGUUUUUAUCAUAGUGGGCAUUUUUCUGACUUGUCCAUUUUUAAAAACUGCAUCUAAAUACAUCAAUCAAUCACUUUAAUUAAAGUAGAACGAUUACUACUCGACAAUACACUGUUUUAAAUUGCUGUUUGACUUAAAUCAAAUGAAACGGUGCAGUUUAAAGCAAUACACAAAUGUGCUUUGUAUCUCUGGCAUUAAUCCAGUGUACUAUUCAAUGUAGUCACUUUUUAGUAAAUAAAUUACUCCAGCCAUUCCGUUUCCACCAUAUGUAUCAUUAAUACGAUGUAUUUUAUUUGCCUUACCAAUGUGCAAUACUGCUAAGAGAUUUGAAAACAUUUAUUACAGUCACAGUGUUCUGAGAUGUAUAAAUGUUCACUUGGUGUUAGAGCUUGUACUGUAUGUGAACCAAAAGCAAAAUACUUAAAGACAUUAUUUUAUUUUUUGUGCAUAGCAGUAAUUUUUAAUCACUGUGGUUUUCAAAUAUCCAAUGAUCUUAUUAUUAAUAUUAGUACGACAUUCACUAUGUUAAUCAGAUUUGCUUCAUUUUGUAUGAUUUCAAGCUUGAUUUCCUAUUUGGGCCUGCUGUCCUUCACAGGGAAGGAGCUAACACUUUUACAAGAUGAUUAUACUGCAAUGAGCCUUAAAUUGGAGGUGAAAUGAACAUGUGAACAAUUAUGGGCCUUUAAAACAUGCUGUAUUAUUUUGGAUAAUGUCUUUUAACAAAGCCUCUUGUUGGACUGGUUCCAGCAUAAGAUGGAGAAAGCAUCUGAUCUUUUAAGUUACUGAAUGCAAGUUUAUCUCACUAUCCUCCGGUUUGCUUUCUUGUUAAGAGAUUUUGUUUGGGAUACAAGAGCAAGCAUAUUUAUGACACUUGUUUUUCCAAAUGUAAAUGUUCUGUAUAUGAACUGUAAAUCUUUCAGUGGAUGUAAAAAACGAGUUUAAUAUAAUAAUAGGAUUUUACGAGAAUGCUUCUGUGUUUGAUAGAAGACAUUACACUAUGACAACCUACCCAGUGUGCCAAAAUGACAUGACAUAACUUUAUGUACAGUAUUUUCUUAAUAUUUUCCUAUACUGUAGCAUAAAAAGUUGUGAAUUGUAUACCACUUUAGUCAAGUUUCCCCCUCCACUUCUUUUUAAACUUAUUAGUGAGCACUUGUCUGCUAACAAGUCCAAGCACAUGUUUUCUGCAAUAAUGCUGUAGUUUGAACGGAAAGGUCUUAUCUUACUUAGUGUCUUUAAAAUGCAUGUUGUUCUUCCAAAAGAUGAGAGAACAGAGGGAUCCGAGGACUCUUGUCCUACAAAAGAAGGCUAAGUAUUUGGAUGCAAAUACAAAUGUGUAUACUGUAUUCCUCAAUGUGAAUAAGAUGUUUGGCAUGUAUUAACAAAUAAAAGAAUAUAUAUAUAUAACUCAAAA